UCGGGUACUGGGCUCGGAAACCUCUGCGAUAAUUCUGAAUUUCUGCACCACUGUAUUAAUUACAAGUAAUUUGAACCACCAUUUAGUGCAAAGGCAUAAUUUAUUUGCUUAGCACUGAGAUGUCCCGCGAUUGCUGGAUGCGGACGGUCUUGAAUAUAUUCGUAUAGCUUCUUAAUUAUUGCAGCCAAUUUUCGGACUAAUAUUAUUUUAUUAUGCAUAGUGCGUGGGCCAUGGGGCUAUAAUAUUUCAGUAGAUACUCAGUAUGCCUAAUUUAUUAGCGCAGCUGAAUUUCCUACCAUAUUAGAACCUGAAUACUACCGUAUUAGCCGGCAUAUUUAUUGGGUAAGUACUUACUUACUUAUUGGGUACUUACUGGGCCCUGUGUUUGUCGCAAAUUUGACGAUUUUAUCGGGAUUUAACACAAAUUUUAAAAGACGCCAUCAUGGAACAUCUUCGUGGACCUCUUCAUAAAUUUGCGCUGUCCUUGUUUGAUGCCAUUAAAAAGCAGAAUCCUGAAGGGAAUUUAUUGUUUUCCCCUAUGACGGCAUCGGCUGCGCUGAUUCUGCUAAUGUCGGGUGCGGAAGGAUCGACCAAAAGCGAAAUGCAGCAUGCACUGCAUUUACAAGAAGAAAAUAAAUUCGCUCCGCCGGCAAGCGAGCAAGAUAUCCAAAUGGCUUACCGGAGAGUUUUAGCCACAAUAUCGCGCGCUAGCAACGACGAUGACGAUAAACGCCGGCAGUACGAAAGCCCGGCAACCUAUGAAGAUUAUGGAGCUUUUCAAGUAUUCCGGAUUAAUAAAUUGUUCCUACAAGAGGGAAUGAGUAUUGUGGAGGAGUUUCGCGAAACCGUCCAGAAACUCAAAGGCGAAAUCGGUUUCGUUGACUUCGUCCAGAGUCCAGGCAUGGCGCGCGAAGAAAUCAAUACAUUCAUUGAGAGAGUUAUGAACGGGAAAGUGAAGGAAUGUUUCCCGGUGGGAUCGAUUAGCAAAGGACCCAAAUCGUUCUCGCAAAUGGGAUUUGUUUCCGAGCAAGGUGGGAAUAUCCGUUCGACAUCGAUAAAACGAUACUAAAGCCAUUUUAUUCUGCACCAGCAAAUGGCAAGACAGAGUUCAUAUUGAGUGAAUUAAGCAAUAAGCCGGUGUACACGGUCAAAGAAGUAGCCACCAUGCAGGGCGCCUUUGCACUUCCUUAUUGCGAAGACCCCGAACUCGAUAUUCAUUACGUGGAGCUGCCGUAUGUGUUCAAUGCCGCUAGUUUCCUCGUUUUACUCCCGCGAAAGAAAAACGGCCUAAAAGAUCUGCAGAAAAGUCUCACUCCGCAGGGAUUCAGCCGGCUGAAUCAGUGCAAGCGAAUGAAGGACAUUGAAUUAAGCUUACCCAAAUUCGAAAUCCAGGUCACUCUCGACAUGAAAACAGCACUGCAGAAGAUCGGCAUUCGUGAAGUUUUCUCGGACCAAGCUGACCUUAGUCGAAUCAGUCCGGUCAAUAACUGUAAAUCGGUGUCCGCGCUAUGUCACAGCGGAUAUAUGAGCGUGAGUGAGAAGGGUACCGGUGCUGAACGCGCCUCGACCGCUAAGCCUGAGGGCCGGGCCGACGGUGCCGCGGGACGCCGGUUGGUGACCUCCCUUUCGGGAACCCCCAUGCAGCUGGCAACUAACGUGGAGAAGACAUCGAAGAGUAUCCGAGUGGAAGUGGAUCAUCCCUUUUUAUUCGCUGUUCGCCACAACAGAACGGGAUUGAUGAUCUGUUUGGGGCGCGUGGAAACCAUGGGUGAUGACUGACAGAGAGAAGUUGAGUACUGUAAUCGCAUCUAUGCGUGUGACAUCCGUACAAUAUUAUUUUGCCAGCAAAAGAUACAAUUAACCAACAACUCAUAUAAAAACCAAACCUGAGCUACUCCGUGUAGUAUACGAUCGAUUCGGAAUAGACAAGUAUUGUGUACUAACUACCUAUAGAGUUUCGGAACAACGAUAAUAGCAAUCUGCCGAAUACUACCUAAAAAACGGCCUUAAUAAAAUCCGUACGACUUUCAGUGUCGACGGGGACUUGUUUUUCUCGCGGGCACUUAUAAAGCGUUGACUUUUUAUCCAGUUUGAGGUUUUGAGACCCAGUGUAAGCACAAAAAGGUGAUCAUAUACGAGUAAGCCUACAAGCGUAUACUUCUGUAAAAAGCCCCAAUGAACCACAAGCUCCGUUUCGAGAUUCUCGCUCUUUUUCUUCGCGCUGCCUAAUAUUACCAAGACGGCGCAUACAGCAACAGCAGAAAAACUAAAACCUGCACGAAUUUUGAUUACGGUAAUUAAAACAGUCAUCAACAGAUCACAGCGUUCAGGAACGAUGACUUCAAUGCUGUUAGGCAGCAUCAUCCAGUAAUUUACAAAAAUACUAAGUGGACUUGAACUAAUUGUAAAUGCCUACACGAACAACGCAAACAACAUCGAUACCAGACAAAAUUUAUCACAGUUUGACGUUCACUGACUUUGCACGGAUUUCCUUAAAAUGUCAGAGACACGUUUGACCUUUAUGGCUUGAUUGAUCACAUACAAUCUGGUUUCCCAUAGUGUUUCUAUAAGCUAAAUUUCGGAAAUCG